CCCAGGACAUCGCCCACAUUCUCUCCUUCAUCUACCGAUCGCUCCUCUCGCUGUACACAGUACCUACACUCGUUCUCUAAUCCAACUACAUACCCGUACAACACUUAAUAACUACCUAAUCAACCACCCCAACAAAAUCAACAUGCGUUUCUUCCAGAUGGUCGCUUCCAGCGCUGCUUUCAUCGCAGCUGCUCUCGCCCUCGAGAUCAACCAGUACCCCACUGGAGGUGUCCGUGCCGGUCAGACCUACACCAUCACCUACUCCCCUGCCGACAACACCCCGACCACCUUCAUCCUCCGCAAGGGUCUGUCCACCAACCUCGGUACUAUCGGUACCCUGACUACCACUGCUACUGGAGGUUCUUACUCCUGGACUGUUGCCAGCGACCUCGCCGACGGUGCCGACUACGCUCUUGAGAUCCAGCAGCAGGGCGAGACUCCCAACUACUCCGGCCAGUUCGGUCUGACCGGUGGCUCUGCUGCCGCCAGCUCAUCUGCUGCUUCCUCGGCUUCCGCCUCUUCGGCUUCCGCUUCAUCUGUCGCCUCGGUCAUCUCUUCGCGCGCUUCGUCUGCCUCCGCUGCGUCUGCUUCGCUCUCCAGCCUGAUCUCCAGCGCUGUCUCCAGCGUCCAGGCCACUGCCACCGGUACCGGUGCCGUCACUGCCAGCUCCAACGGCACCAUCUCCUCCGCCACUCUCUCCCGCUCUGCUACCCGCACCUCGAGCUCUUCCACCGGCUCUGCCAGCAUCCCCGAGAGCACUGGCGCUGCCAGCUCCCUCUCGUCCGCUCCUCUCGCGCUCCUUCUCGGUGCCGUCGGUGCUUUCGCUUUCCUCAACUAAGCGAUCACGUCUAAACAUUUUCAUGUAUUUAUGCAUCGGAUAUUUAGAGUCCUUGUUUUUGUUGAUAUCCUUCUAAUGAGUUACGAGCGCCGCGGCGUUCGUUUGGGAGUGGGAGUGCUGUGCAUUGCUUAGUCUAGUGCAGAGGGCCUUGUACAGUGGGCGGCAGACCAAUGACACAAUGAAACCAUUAUACCAUUCAAUCACGAUCUUGUCUACCUAUCAAUUGAUGCUUUUU